GGUGACACAAGCUGAGAUGCUGGGGAAAUGCUGCGAUGUGUAGCAAGAAAACAACACAUUUGAAAGGUCCGCUACUGGUUCCAUCUCACCGCCAUUGUCUUCAAUGAGUUGACUUCAGUGAGUCAGGAUGCUGAAGGACAUUCCCCGAGAUGCGCUCCUGCGCCCUUUGACGCGGAAUGAAGUGGUCGGCAUGCUGUUGAGACUCACGAUUUUUGGUGCUGCGACUUACUACAGCAUCAAAUGGGUGGUCGAGGCCUUGGACCCCACGCACAAGCCAAAAAUGCAGGCCAAAAAAAGAGCAGAGAGACUGCUGAAACAGCUGGGAGUGGAGGGCGUUACUCUGAAUGAAUAUGAGAUGAACAUUGCCACUCAGCUCGUAGAUCCACGAGUCAUGAAGGUGACAUGGAAAGACAUCGCUGGUCUCGAAGAAGUUAUCAACGAGCUCCAGGACACAGUCAUCUUGCCCUUCCAGAAGCGGCACCUUUUUGUCGGAUCCAAACUCUUUCAGCCGCCCAGAGGUGUGUUGUUGUACGGGCCUCCGGGAUGUGGAAAAACAUUAAUCGCCAAGGCAACUGCCAAAGCCUCAGGGUGCCAAUUCAUCAACUUGCAAGCUUCCACCUUGACAGACAAGUGGUACGGCGAAUCGCAGAAGCUCACCGCUGCUGUUUUCUCCUUGGCUGUGAAAAUCCAGCCGUGUAUUAUUUUCAUUGAUGAAAUAGAUUCUUUUCUGCGAAACCGGUCCAGUCUGGACCAUGAGGCCACAGCCAUGAUGAAGGCCCAGUUCAUGAGCCUUUGGGACGGCCUGGAGACUGGAACCAACACUCAGGUGAUGGUGAUGGGAGCCACCAACCGGCCUCAAGAUUUGGACCCCGCCAUCCUUCGCAGGAUGCCCACCACCUUCCAGAUUGGCCUGCCAAACCAGAGCCAGAGACAUGACAUCCUCAAGCUGAUCCUCUUGGGUGAGAAUCUGAGCAACGCCAUCAACCUGCGUGAGAUUGCUGAGAAGACUAACGGCUACUCGGGGAGUGACUUACGGGAGCUGUGCCGCGACGCCGCCAUGUACCGCGUCCGCGACUACGUCCGCAAGCAGCAGAUGAGGCAGAUCGCCAAGCAGCUGCAGGCCGAGGAUGAGGACGAGGAGCCCUUGGGGACGCGGCUGCGGCCGGUGACCCAGCUGGACAUGCUCUUCGGCCUGGACAAGAUGAACGAGGCCAAACAGGUGACCUCCGCCCCCGGCAGCUUGAAGGAGUCGCCCUUGGACUGAGCUACUGUUCCCCUUAUACCUCUUAACUCACUGGAUGCCAGCCAUUUUCAAAUCAUAUACAGUACAACACGUCAGAGCCAGAGCAUUUUCUGCAUUUUGGGUGGUUAUUCAACACCCACAGGAAAUGGAAUUCUCAACACCACACCAUAAACCAAACUCAGUUGAUGCGCUUAAGCAUCAUUGGUACUGAACACGACGCGGUUAAGCAUCAUUGGUCGUGAACAUCUGAAAUGUCGCGGUUAAGCAUCAAUGGUACUACUGAAUUUCUGAAAUGAUGUGCUUAAGCGUCAUUGGUACUCAACGUCUGAAAUGACUUGCUUCAACAUCAUUGGCAUCAAGUGAGUUAAUGGUAACACCCAGGGGCCAACAGCAACAUCACACAUCACCCCUCUCCCCUUGACCUGGAUCCUAUAUCUGGGCCACGUAAAGCUGGGCACUAGGUGCCAUUCUCUUCUGUAAAGUCCUGUUCAUAUCUGCAAUAUGUAACUACAAAGAUGACUCUAACACUUUUUUACACGCCUUUUUUUAUUUGGAAACGCAUCCGUUUUGUCCUCUCGUUUUUACGUAAAGGGAGUUUUAGAGAUCUCCUUUCUAAAGUCAGUUUUUUAAAAUAUCCCUUUUAGGGGGCUAAACGCACCUGUCACAAUUACGUUUUUUUAAUUUUAUUUAUGCACACACCGUGUUUACAUGUAAACGGAUAAACAAAUACUUAAAAAUAUCCACAUACAUGUAAAUGGCGUCUUAAACAAAUUUCUGUUCUCACUGGCCUCACUGGCGAGGAUGCCUGUUUCUCAUGAACAGCCACUAGAAGAAGGCUCUACGCCUACACAUUGUAAUUGGCUGACAUUAUUUUAUCGUUCAGAAAAAGCAAUAUCGUUCAGCAUGUCAUUGUAGUUGAGACUACAGUAUGUUAACGGCACUAUUCACUACAGCUAUACCGAUUUUUACUACCGCUAAGUUAAAUUUGAAGUUAUCGUUAUAGUUAUCGUUGUAGAUGUCAGCGGGCCUUGACAUACUUGUACGCACAAUUUAACAGCUCCCCCCUCCCUCCGCUUCAUUGUUUACUGUCUCCAUGCUGUUUGCUCCUUCCCCCAUAAACUGCAAGAUAAACACUUCAUAAAAGGGAUGGGACAGGAGAAAAGUACAUUUAGACUGUUACAAGUAUGGAACAAACAAAGAGUUUGUCAUUGAAUGUCUGCAUGUCUGUACAAAACACGAUUGAAAUACAGUUAUGAUAUUGCAGCUGCUGGGGAGAAAAAGGGAAAAAAAGACACUUGGAUUUUCUUAAGUAGUUGGCUUGACGUUCAGAAAGCCUUCAGAGCAAUAUAGAUUUGCACCCCUGGGGACGUUAGUGCCUCUCGUACUGUACUUUGCUUCCCCUAGUUGUGUACAGUAAUCCGCCUGUGGCAGUGUGCAGCGGGGAUGAUGGGCUGCUUCCUAUAGUAGGGCCAAAGUCAUAUGGAUUUGCCAAUAUAUCACUUACAAUGAGAUGUACUGUAAAGCCAACCGUGAUGUACCACUCACACAAACAAACCCAGCCACAUCGUUAUCAUGCUGUAUGUGUAUAUUAUUUAUUAAAAUGUAAAA